CUAGCGGUGGUAGCAAUGCCCACAGAAGCAUUCUUUUUUAAUACAGGAUUAGGAGAAGGCUCUGGCGGUGGUUAUAACUAUAACCGUCCGGUCUGGACUGGCAGCAGCUCCAAUUACGGCUGGGGUGCCCAAACUUAUGGCAGUGGUUAUACUGGAAACCCUGAAGUUAUCAAAGUAAAUAAAGUCAUUGAGCAACCCACCGUCUCCUACUCAACAAGUUAUGCCAGCAGCUCAUCUUCGGCAUCAUCUUCUUCAGGAGGUUGGCUACCCAUUGGUGUUCCAGCACCAGCUCCUGCACCUGUUGCGUCUUCACCACCGAAACAAAUUUUCGUUACUGUUACCCAUUCUCAGCCCCAGAUAUUUUCUCAACCUACAUACGUGCCACAACCUAAUCCUGUCUAUGUUUCAGCCCCUCAACCUAAGCCUGUGUACGUCUCUGUGCCCCAACCUCAACCCCAAGUCAUUGCUCCUCCCAGGCCAGUCUAUGUUUCGAGACCCCAAGGAGUACAAUACGUACAACCUGCUCCUCAACCAAGACCUCAGCCCAUACAAGUGACUAUACAAAAGCAAGUCUCUUAUGAACCAGCUCCUGCUCCAGUACCCGUUGCACAACCUCAAGUCCAGCCUCAGCAACCUCAAAUAGUGCCCAUUCAAUUGACCAUACAAAAGUCUGAAGAGUCCCAAUAUCAACCUCCACGUCCACAAAUUCAGACAGUGCAAACUCCCGUGCAAACUGUUGUAUCAUCGUACAAUGUACCAGCCACAAAACCACAACAGGUCCAGCCCAUACAGGUGACUAUACAAAGGCAAGCCUCUUAUGCUCCAGCUCCAGCUUCUGCUCCAGUACCCGUUGCACAACCUCAAGUCCAGCCCCAGCAACCUCAAGUAGUGCCUAUUCAAUUGACCAUACAAAAGUCUGAAGAGUCCCAAUAUCAAGCUCCACGUCCUCAAAUUCAGACAGUGCAAACUGUUGUACCAGCUCCACAACCACAACAACUUCAGCCCAUACAAGUGACCAUACAAAAGCAAGCCUCUAAUGCACCUGCACCAGCUCCAGCUCCUGCUCCUGCUCCUGCUCCAGUAGCCAUUGCACAACAUCAAAUCCAGCCCCAGCAACCUCAAGUAGUGCCCAUUCAAUUGACCGUACAAAAGUCUAAAGAGUCCCAACAUCAACCUGCAGCCCCAGUGGGUCAAGGUGUUAAAAACGUACAGUUGGUAGUCGAGGAAGCUUCUGCUGUGAGUGCUGAUAGACGUGCCCCUGCUCUCAUCUAUGAACCACCACAGGUUACCUCGGGUGCUGCCUCCUGGAAUAGCGACUCCUGGGCCACAGGAAGCUACGCGGACGCAGAAAACAAUGGCAUUGGAUGUUAA